CCGUUUUUAAUCAGAUUUACUUUUUAAAAACAGUUUGAAAUGCUUAUUUAUUUAUGUGUUUAUUUGUCUAAAACCAGAUUUUUAUAAAGUAAAAAAAAUUAAUUAUUACAUCAGAACACUAAUAAUAUCUAACUAAGUCAAAACAAACCUAAAUAAAUGUCUGAACCAUAACCUAAUAACAGUCUAAAAGCUCCUGAAAUCUAAACCGCAAGACAUGAUAAUCAUAAAGAUUAUCAGCCUGUUUCCGCUUAUUGCUCCCAUUGUAAAAAAGAGGAGAAUGCUCCAGUUCUUACUUACAAAACAGGAACUGGUACUUAUCUUUGUUGUUUUAUUUGGUGUUGUGUAGCAGUAAUUCCUGGUCUAAUUCCUUUUUGCUGUAAUAGAUGCAAAGAUAAAGUAUAUACUUGUCCUGAAUGUGGAUUAGUAAUUAGAAAAGAUACCUAUGAGCCAUGCAACUGCAACAAAUAAUGAGUUAUUGGUUUGGAUAAUAUCAAAACAAGUAGGAUUAUGAUAUAUUAAUACAUUUCUAUCAUAACUAAAUGUUUAAUCCAUUUAAAAUAAGCCUUAAAUAAUAAAAUGAUUACUAUACAUACAUAUACAUACAUCCCUAUCUAUUUGCUUUAAUAUUCAAAGAUUUUAUUAAUAUUUGCUUAUCAAAAAACAAUCAUUUAAAAAAAAAUAUCUUUUCAAAAUUAAAUAAUGUAAUUAUAUUUAAAUUAAAG